AUGGAGGGAGAUAGUUCAAAAAAUGUUGGCGAUCUAGUCAAUAAAUUCAAGCAAGCAACCUUAGAAUUGGGUGAUACUAAUGAAAUUGUUGUCUCUCAUAAAGACAAUAAUGAAGGUGGCAAAGAAAAAUCAAACUGGGAAGCUAGUGCGAUAGGAAAAGUUAUUAUAGAAGGGAGAAUGAACUAUGAUACUGUGGCAAGAUUCAUCAAAUUUACAUGGCCCUUCCUGACACAUGAGCAACUAAGGAUUGUGGAAGUGGAACCUAAUAUAAUGAUUUUUAAAUUCAGUGACUGGGAUUUAUUGAACACGGUGAUUGAGAAAAGACCAUGGAAUAUCAACAAACAUCUGUUAGUGGUUCAUGAUUAUAUACCUGAAAUGGUGUACACUUUCAAGCAUUGGGGUUUUCAACAAUUCUGGAUUCAGUUGAAAUUCCUUCUGCCAGAGCACAUGAAUGUUGCGUCGGUAACUAAGAUUGGUGAGCCUCCUAGCAUAUGUCCUAAAUGCUAUGUAACUAAUCACUGCAGGGGAACGUGCGAAGCUGCAGCUAUCUUUCUAGCAAAAUCUCAUGAAAAACCUCAUUUCUUUGGAAAUGUUAACAAUAUCAGGAAAACCAUCACCACUAUGAGCUCAUCUGCUGCUCCGGAACCUAAAAAAUUCCCAAAGAAGUAUGUUAAGGGUACCAUGUUUGUUCAUCCUAAGGAUGGUAUGUCUAUUAAUAUGGAUUUCUUGCUUAAGGAGAAAGUCUCAGACGAAUCAGAAUCUAUGGAAGACUUGAGUCUUGGAAAAAGGCUAAGAUCUACAAAAAUAGGUUGUAGCAGCACCACUGCGACUGAGUCUUCGGCCCAGGAUAACAUCCAAGAUACCAAUUCAGUAAACCAAGAAACUCGCAUGGUCACAAUGGGAGAUAAUCAAGCUACUAUCACUCAAAAGAAGAAUCAGACCAAACUUAAUGAAACAAAAAUGAAACCUUUAGUUGCUCCUUAUCAUUUUACUAAUAUGAGAUACCUAUCCUCUAUUGGUUUAUCUGGUGGUUUGGUUAUCAUGUGGAAGAAUGGUUUUUUUUGUGAAGUUCUAAGUUGUGAAAGCAAUAUGAUACAUCUUCUCAUUCAAGAUGAUCCUAGUCAGCCAGAAUGGUUGCUAUCAUGGGAUUUGAACAUUCAUUUAUCUACUUCCAAUACUUCUGCUUCUUCUUCAUGUGAUGGUUGGAUUAAUUCAAUUCUUCAAGACAUUGGUUUAGAAGACUUGGGUUUUAUAGGUCAUGAACAUACAUGGACAAAUAACAACCUUAGUACUGGGAAAAAACGGUCAAGAAUUUAUAUAGCAUUGGGAAAUCCUAACUGGAAUGUUAAUUUCCCUUCUUCAAAGGUUCUUCAUCUCAACCAAGUUGGCAGUGACCACUGUCCAAUUAUCCUCAUUAAUGAUUACAACCAACCAAAACUUUGGAAGACAUUCAAGUUUUUUAAAACUUGGUUAAAUGAUAAAAGGUGUGCUGUAGAGAUUUCCAAAGCUUGGAGCACACAAAUUCAAGGAUUUGCUGCUUUCAAGUUAACUAAAAAGUUACAGUUUACCAGAAUUGCUCUAGCUAAGUGGAAUAAGAAACAUUUUGGAGAUAUCAACUUGAAAGUUGACACACUUCAAAAGGAGUUAUUUGAUCUUCAGGCUCUCCCUUAUUCUCAAGAAACUUCUUCUAAAGCUUUCCAAGUUAAUGAAGAACUUCAAAAAUCGCAUCACAUCCAGCAUGAAUUCAACAAGCAGAAAUCCAUAGACAAUUUCCUGAAAGACAUGGACAAUAAUAAUAAGUAUUUCCAUUCUCUUUACAAGAGGAAAAGAGCAAGAAACAAUAUUGACUCUCUAAAAGACAGAAAUGGUAUUUGGGUUCACACAAGAUAUCAAGUGGCAAAUCUUCUUACUGAAAACUUUCAAGACACUAGUACUUCUUUUAAUCCUCUCAUUGAGGAAAGAUUUUAUAAUCAUAUUCCUUCUAUCAUUUCGGAUGAAGACAAUAGCUUACUUGUUACUAUACCAAAUGAUGAAGAAAUUUUCAGAACCUUAAAGAGCAUGAAAAAUUGGUCAGCUCCAGGUCCAGAAGGCUUUCAAGCGGGUUUUUAUAAAUCUCAGUGGAACAUUAUAGGGGAAGAUGUAUGUAACAUGGUGAAGGAUUUUUUCAGUUCUAAAAAUAUGUCUCGAUCUUUAAAAAAAACCUACAUCUCAUUAAUUCCAAAAAUAAAAAAAACUUCUUCACCAUCUGAAUUUAGACCUAUCAGCCUAUGUAAUACUUCUUACAAGAUUGUUUCUAAGAUAUUAGUUUCAAGAAUGAGGCAACUAAUGGAUCGUAUCAUUUCACCUUAUCAAGCGGCAUAUGUCUCUGGUAGAUUAAUCAAUGAUAAUACUAUCAUAGCACAUGAAAUUAUUCAUUCCAUGAAGAAGAAGGAAGGUGAGGGUGGUUGGUUAGCUCUUAAGUUAGAUAUGUCAAAAUCUUUUUACAGACUUGAAUGGAGUUUCAUCUUAAAGGUUAUGAGAAGUUUUGGUUUCUGUGAUGAAUGGAUUCAACUUAUUCAGCAAUGCAUUACCACUACUUCUAUUUCUGUUCUUUUCAAUGGCUCUCCUUGUGCUGAUUUCAAUCCUUCAAGAGCUCAUCAUGCAAAAGAAAUUCCACGAAUUAAAGCGGCAAGGGGUGCUCCUCCAAUCAAUCAUCUACUCUUUGCAGAUGAUUGUCUUAUCUUUACACAUGCUAAUUUAACCAGUGUUAACAAUCUCUUACAGGUUAUUGAAGAUUUUGGUUCUCAAUCUGAUCAGGCCAUUAACUUUGACAAAUCUUCCAUUUUAUUCAGCAAUAAUUUGGAUCCUUCUUUUUGUGACUCUCUUAGUCACAUUAUUGGUGUAAAGAACAUGGAAAACAAUGAGAAAUACCUGGGUUAUCCACUUCAUAUAGGUAAAUUUAAAGUGAAGUCCUUUGGAGAAAUCAAUAUGGCUUUUGAAAGGAGGCUUGUUACUUGGCAAGGUGAAACUAUGUGUCAAGCUGGUAGAGGAACAACGGUGAAAGCUGUACUUAAUGUUGUUCCCCUAUAUCAAAUGAGCACCUUUAGGAUCCCAAAUAAUAUUAUUAAGAAUCUUGAUACUUUGCGAAGAAAGUUUUUCUGGGGUAUAAGUCCAAUAGAGGACACAAUCCAAUUGCAUGGAGUAGUAUGUGCAUUCCAAAGGAAUUUAGGGGUUUAG